AAUUCUUCCUAUUCGAGUUUCUCUGGCUUUGCGCACAGCUCUUGGUUUUGCAAUCUGAGGGGUAAGCAUGGCGGCCACCACAACACCAGCGGUCACCGAGCAAACUUCUAAAACAUUGUCGUCGCAUUCUGCGCCUCUUGAACUUUCUCAGCCCCCGAUUAUUGAAGGCUUCAUCCCUCUGCCGAAGGUGAGAGAAGAGACCUUCAAAGAAAAAUUUCUUAGAAAAACCAAGGAAAACCCAUUCGUUCCGAUAGGUUGUUUGGCAACUGCAGGAGCGCUGACUUUUGGUCUCCGUGCCUUCCAUCAAGGGAAAACCAGACAGUCCCAGAUGUGGAUGAGGGCACGCAUCUUUGCUCAGGGCUUCACUGUAGUUACCAUUGUGGUUGGAGUCGUCGUCACAGCUCUGAAAACCAACAAAUGAAAACAGACGAAUCCCACAGCCUAACUCCAUAUUCAAAUGGACCCACCUUGGAAAUGAUCUUACUGUCUGAAUGAACUGAAAAAUGUAUUAUGUUUCCAGCCUUAUUCAGAUACUUGUUCUAUGGCGAGCACUAUUUAUUGUUGCUUGAAAACUGUGACUCACUCAUGGUGACAUAAUAUUUUGCAACAGCAAUGUAUAAUCAGCUCCUUAUCAGGCCAAGCAAACAAAAUGUGUUUUAUUUUUAUUGGCUAUAAUAUUACUGAAGCAAAAUGCUGACGAAUUAUAUGCUUUUUGUUCUUCUGGAGGGUUAGAUUUCAAAUGUUCCCAUACUCCUCAAUGAAAUGAUACACAUUAA